AUGUCAUACGCAGAUACAGAGCCUUUCCAAUUCACACAUCCUAAAAAGUAUGUCGGUUUCGACACCAUCACUACCCAGAUUGAAAAUCGGUUAUUGAAGAGAGGAUUCCAAUUUAAUGUUAUGGUGGUGGGCCGCUCGGGUCUCGGGAAAAGUACCUUGGUCAAUACCUUGUUCUCUUCGAAAUUAACUUCUUCAAAUGGUCGUAAAACACGUGAGGAACCCAUUGAGAAAACCACAGAGAUUAAAGUCUCACACCACUCACUAGUGGAAAACAAUGUCCGCUUAAACAUCAAUGUCAUUGAUACCCCAGGAUUUGGCGACCAAAUCAAUAACGAAAAAUGCUGGGACCCCUUGGUAAAGUACGUUAAGGAACAACACUCACAAUAUUUGAGAAAGGAAUUAACGGCACAAAGAGAAAAGUACUUGCCAGAUACUAGAGUUCACUGCAUCUUGUACUUUAUCCCACCAAACGGCCAACCAUUGAGACAAUUGGAUGUCCAGGCCUUGAAGAAACUUUGUGAAAUCGCCAAUGUUGUGCCUAUAAUUGCCAAAUCAGACAGCUUGACUUUGGAAGAGCGUAACGAUUUCAAAAAACUCUUGCAAUCAGAAUUUAUGAAGUAUGGAUUCAAUAUUUACCCCUAUGACUCUGAAGAUCUUUACGAAGAAGAAAGACAAUUGAAUGAAGAUAUCAAAUCCUUGAUUCCAUUUGCUAUUGCAGGCAGCGAAACUGAAAUCGAGUUGAGCAAUGGCGAAAUGGUGCGUGGAAGAAAAACCAAAUGGGGAGCAAUAAACAUUGAGGAUGUGAGUCAAUGCGAGUUUGUCUUUUUAAGAGAUUUCUUAACCAGAACUCAUUUACAAGAUUUAAUAGAAACAACAAAUUUGACCCACUAUGAAACAUUUAGAGCUAAACAGUUGAUUGCAUUGAAAGAAAAUGCAUCAAACACAAAUAGGCAAUCCCAGGUCAAUGCAGGACAGGGUCAUUGA